AUGCAAUUUUCUAUCUUCUACACAGCCCUAUUCAUGGCUGCCGGCAUUGCCGCCCAGUCUUGUUCGUCGACUAUCACAUACUGCACUGGAGGCGCCUGCUUGUGCUUUGCCGAUGGCAUCACCGAAUCUCUAAACGAAAUGUGCAAAGGCAAGGGGUUCGAGCGUUCUUUGGGGCCUUCGAAAACCACGACUGAGGCAGGAGAGCGCUGCGACACCCAGUGCUGCACUGGUUGA